UCGAUUCGUCGAUCGGGCAGCCAGCCUGAGCAUGCAAGAUUAAAAAAUUGCCCCACGACCACAACACGACCGGCGGCAUUGAAGAAUCCGAGCUCGAGUGAUUGAUUGAGUGAGUGAGAGUCAGAGAGAGAGAGAGAGCCCUUGCGCACCAACUGAUUGAGGUACAGGAGCACGAGUGAUCAUUCUCUCAAGGGGUCUGGUGUUGUUGUUGUUGUUGUUGGUGGUGGUGGAGGUGUGACCGACUGACUCAUUGAUCCGCUGACGCACGCUCUUACGCACCGCAGGCCAGCAGGAAAUUUGCACGCUCUUUUCAAAGGUCUGUCAACGGGACGGGACGGGACCGGUGCGGUCGGGUUGGCGCGGCGCCGAGAGCGAGCAUGGCUGGCAAACACUCGUAAAAGAGGCGGAGCGCGGUGGCGUCGAGCUCUCUGAUUGCUGUCGGGGGGCAAGGGAAUUUUCUAUCGUUUUUGCUCGCAGCUUUUUGCUUGGGAAGCAAGUCCUUUCGAUGGUGGCCGAAUGGCGCUGAUUCGGACCGGACGACGACGAAGACGACGACGACCGGGGCUCUCUUCUACUGGACCCGCGGGAUCGCUGCAGCAUUUCGCGUUGCGGUGAGGGGAAGCGAGAGAGGAGUGAGCAGGAGGCUGAGGCUGAGGCGUCGUCGACCUGUUGGCUUUCGCUGCUGCUGGACUGGCGAGCUCGCCCUCCUUCCGCGCUGGUUUCGCGUUCACGACACCUUUCCGGAUUUUGGUGUCUUGCUGAGUUCCCACAUGGGACUCAAUCGCCCGAUCGCACGUGUCGAUUGCGACCGGGAAGGCCCUUGCUUUGCGCUCCUCGGCGAUUCUGGGCUCACCACAUUGCAGCACUUUAAGGGGACAGGUGUUUGAAGCCAUAAUUGCAGGGCCGGAUGCGAGUCCCAGCCGCUGCAGCUCGGGGAGUGAGUGAGUAAGUGAGUGAGUGAGAGCAUUGAAUUCACGACGCGCGGAACGCAUCGACUUCGAUUUGCGAAAAUUCACGCGAAAUCUCCGAAAGUCGAUCGUCCGUGAAAGGAGCGGCAGUCGGAGAGGCCCGUGCCCGAUCCCACGGACUCGGAGGAACCACGGACUACAGCGAGAGACGAUGAGUCGCUUCUUCUGCUGCUGCGGGGGCCGGAGGCGAGGAGGCGAAGAUGCCAGUAAAGUGAACAAUCACAGCUCUGCCGAGUCCGACUUACGGUCCGAAAAUGGAGAGAGCGUAUCUUCAAAACAAAAUGGAGCGAGUGAACUCGGGGCCGACGCGAGGAAAUCCGGCGUCAGAGGCCCCAAGCCAGCCAAGGGCGCAAACCAGGGCGCCGUUCUGGUGGAAAUGUUCACCUCCCAAGGAUGCACCUCGUGCCCACCAGCCGAUGCGCUCAUCUCGAGGCUGGGAAGGGGUGAAGGAGACGACGUGAAAUUGGAGAAUCCCAUCCCGCUCGUGAUUUUAGCAUUCCAUGUGGAGUACUGGGAUUAUCUGGGAUGGAAGGAUCCGUUCGCCAGCAGCGCGUGGACGCUCAAGCAACGAGCUUACGGGCAAGCAUUGGAGCAAGAUAGGAUCUACACGCCCGAGGUCGUGGUCCAGGGUCGCAGCCAUUGCAUCGCUUCCAACGCGAGCUCCAUCGUCUCUUUAAUCCAAUCUGCCGAUCGCUUUCCUGCCCCGGAUGUCCAGGCCGUGUUCUCGAGGCCUUCGCCUUUGUUUCUGCAAAUUUCCCUCAGCGUGAGCCUGAAGUUCAAGGUGGAAGGUUACACGUUGGACGCGAUGCUGGCGAUUUAUGAGAAUGGGCUCGUCACGGACUGCAACAAGGGUGAGAACAAAGGCAAGCUUCUGACGAAUGAUUACGUCGUCAGGGGGUUACAUAAGGCUUGUUCUUUUCAAGAUUGGCCAGCGAAGAAGAUGAGUAGAGGAGAAGUCACUUUCCAACUUUGGGACGGAUUCGUGAAAUCAAAGUGUGGAGUUGCAGUGUUUCUGCAAAAUCCCGAGACCAUGGAAGUGUAUGGAGCGCAGCAGUUAGAGCUGCCAAACGAUAUCUAGAGUUAGAUAGAUAUAGCAGACGUAUAGAGAAGUAGAGUUAAUCGCACAGGCAUUGUUUAUAAUUCUGUUUAUUAGCUAGUUUCUGUCAGAUACUACUCGUCAGAGACUCUCACAUUGUUCUUAGACAUUAGCCGCAUGUAGACAUACACCCAAUGAUUUUCCUGCCUGCCAUUUCUCGAGUUUCCAGGAUGUCUAGUUCCUUAUUGGUUCCAGAUGUUCAGGGUCUGGAGAUUUACGAGUUUUAGUUGUGGCUCGGAAUGGAAGAUCAGGCCAUAAGAGUGUUACAGCAGAAUGUUACCUGUAUUAAGUUUCAUCGGAUGGGAUGGCGGGCAGAAGACACCCUCCUUCCUUCCUAAACCCUGGCAAAAAGUAGACUUCAAAAUAUUUCAGUGAUAUGAAACAUACUAUCAAUGUUAGUAAAAGCCAACCUCUGAAAUAUUCUCUACGAUACAACAGAAAUACUACACUGAUAACUAGAGCACGGACAGUUGUUAGUUGACAAACGCUCGGUUACUGGCCCCUUUCGAGAAAUCCUC